AUGAAGGCGAUCGCACGCAGCUUCGUGUAUUGGCCGGGGUUGGACGACGAAAUCGUUAACUUCGUCAAGGACUGUAGACACUGCGCAUCCGUAGCGUGGUGCCCACCAAAAGCGGAACCGGAGUCGUGGCAUCCGACAACGGCUCCUUGGCAGCGGGUUCACGCCGAUUACGCGGGCCCUCUGGAUGGAGAAUUCUUCUUACUUGUCAUCGAUGCGCACAUCAAAUGGCCGGAGAUCUUUCCAACUAGCAAGACGACAUCGAGCGCUACUAUCUGGCUCAUGCGCAAACUGUUCGCCAACAAGGGCAUGCCAGAACUUCUCAUGACCGACAAUGGUUCGCAGUUCAAGAGUGCUCAAUUCGACGAUUUCUGCUGCAAAAACGGCAUUCGACACACAACAACGGCCCCAUACUAUCCACAGUCGAACGGUCAGGCAGAGAGAUUUGUCUACACUGUAAAGCGGGCCAUGAAAAAAAUCCAGGAGGGAGAAGGCUCGAUCGACGAAGCAUUGAACGAUUUCCUUCUUACCUAG